AUGGCAAAUACGGUACUAAUUGUUCUUGGAAUGGCUGGAAGCGGAAAGAGCACGUUCUGCCACCGGCUGCACUCCUGGCUAUCAGGAAGCAACCCGAAGAUAAACAGCAAGACAGGACUAAAUGAUAAAGUGUGCGGGAUUAAUUUGGACCCGGCAGUGAACGAGGUCAAGAUGCCCGUGCACUACGACAUAAGAAACACAAUUGACAUAGACGAGCUCAUGCAGAAAAAACAACUUGGGCCAAAUGGCGCAAUUCUAACGGCACUGAAUUUGUUUGCAGCGCACAUUGAUGUAUUGAUAUCACAGAUUGAGGAGCUGCAGCCAGAGUACACAAUUAUAGACACGCCAGGACAGAUAGAGAUGUUCACUACAUCUGUGUCUGGGCAGAUAAUCACGCAGUGUCUUUCAGGAACAAAAGGCGUCCAGGUUAAGAUGGUGUACGUGGUGGAUGGAGAAAAGGCCCAGCACCCGCAGUGUUUCAUAAGCAAUAUGCUCUUUGCCACAUCCAUACACUACCGGUUUAAGGAGCAGCUGCUUGUGGCUGUAAACAAGUCAGACAUUGAAGGCGCAGAGAAAAUAAAAAAGUGGGCAGGGGACUUUGAGUCUUUCAGUGAAGCCCUUCCUGAAGAAGGAACAAACACGCCCUUGACUCAGUCAAUUGCCUUGUGGAUGGAGGAGUUCUACAGCAAUUUCAAUCUCUUUUAUAUUUCUGCUGCCACUGGGCUUGGAAAGACUGCUUUUAUUGCGGAGGUUAAUAGAAAAGAAGAAGAAUCAGCCAAAGAGAAGACCGAGGAGAUUAUUUCAAGCACCGAGCACACAGAAAGCCAAGAUGAAUCUGAUCUUCCAGAAGCACCAGCAAGUGUCAUAGAGAGUAUAAUAGAAACUCUCAAGAAGACAACCAUUUUAUGCGACAAACCAUCUGCAGAUGCAAGUAUAAGUGCGGAUGAAGAAAGCAUAGAGUCCGAAAAAGAAGAAAAAUCAUCAGAAGAAAAGGCUGAUAGGGAGGAAGAAAAUCACAUAAAUUCCACCCAAAAUACACAGAAAAUAGAAUAA